UUGAUAAAAUGUAAUAUAAGCACUUUAUGUUCACUUUUUAGGGUUUUGUUUUCUUUUAGAAUACGUAUAAUGUACUCAUUAAUUGAAUUUCCAAUGGACGACGGACAGAAACCUGAAGUUGAGGUUGUCCCUAAUAUUUGGUUGGAAAAUAAAGAUGAAUCAUGGAAUUGUUUUUGGCCCCAAGCAAUAUCGACAAUACAAAUUCGUAAAGCUAUCGAAAAAUGUCAUUCACCACAAGUAAAUUGGCUAAAAUUUAAAUGCAGAGUAUUACGUACAUAUGAUUCUUAUGAUGAUGCAAGGAAGCGAUUAGUAGAUGCUGAAUUUACAUCUACUCUAGAAACUGAUGCAGAACAACAUAUAUACAACCAGCGACCAAAACGAAAAUUGAGGAAAACUUCUCAUAUUUAUUCCGAUUCCUCAGAGUCUGAUAAAAAUGAAGAAACAGCACACGAUAAAAUUCCACCACUUCCUAUGUUAGGAACGCCAACAAAAAAUAAUAAUAUCUUACUGAAAAGACCUAUAAUCACUCCUUCCAAAACAUCAACAUCGACAACUGUCAGUGCUUCAAAACGUACAUCUGCUACAAUUAACUCUCAAAGAUUUUCAGAAAAACCAGUUAAUUCUUCGCAAAAUAUAGUCAAAACUACAAUGACCACUUCAGAGUUUGACGAAUCAAAUUUUUCUUGCCUCAUUUUAACAAAAUUAGUAAGCAUAGAAAAUUCUAUGAACUUACUUCUUCCGAUGCUCAAACAACUUUCUGCACAUUUUAAAUUAUCAAACAUAUCCCAUGUAGAAAAUGUUCCUGAAAUGCCAGUUGAUACCGAUGAGAAUUUGGAAAAUAUUGAAAAAUUUUUAAAUAUAAGACAAAAUUUUGAAUACUUGGUGAAUGUCUUAAAUAUAUCGGGUGGUACAACAAUUACCCAAAUAACAAGAAGAACGUUAGAAAAAAUAAUUACGGAUAAUUAUGCUAAGAUCCUUAAUUGGGCAGGAAGAGCACCCAAAAAGGCUUUCAAAGUUUUAAAAAUAAAAGAUUUGACCAUAGCUACUGUAAAGAGCGUUGAAUCAAACGUUGCAGUGAACAAAAUUGAAGAUUCUAUAAAAGAUUGGCUGAAGAUGUCAUCUGUUCGUAUUGCCUUAGCCGAUGGUAGAACAUUGAAAAAAAACUUGUCAGCAACGACAAAUGGUUAAAAUAAAAUAGAUGACCUGAAUUCUCAUUUCGCUCCAUUCGCGAAUAUUCAAGCUAAAUUAAAGAUAUUUCCAAAUACAAUUAGCAAAAAUCAUCUCAUGUCUAAUUGUUUUAUUGAUUUUGUCGAGACGUCAUAACAUUGUAAACCGAUACACGAGUGUAUCUCGUAUCAAAUAACAAGGUUUGAAGGCUUUGCAGAAAAAAAA